CUGCUCAUUCAGAAAAUGCUGUAAGUAGUAGAAAAGGUUCUGCUCAGUCAGAAUAUGUUGAAAGUAGGAAAGGUUCUGCUCAUUCAGAAUAUGUUGAAAGUAGGAAAGGUUCUGCUCAUUCAGAAUAUGUAGAAAGUAGGAAAGCUUCUGCUCAUUCAGAAAAUGCUGUAAGUAGUAGAAAAGGUUCUGCUUAUUUAGAAAUUGCUGAAAGUAGGAAAGUUUCUGCACAGACAGAAAAUGCUAAAAGCAAGAAAGGUUCUGCUUAUUCAGGGAAGUCUGAAAGUAGAAAAUGUUCUGCUCAUUCAGAAAUUACUCAAAGUAAGGAUGGUUCUGCUCUCUCAGAAAAUACAGAAAGUAGGGAAGCUUUUGUUAAAAGAAGAAUAGGUUCUCCUCAUUCAGAAAGUAUUGCUCAUUCAAAAGAUGUUGAAAGUAGAAAUGAUUCUGUUCAUUCAGAAAUUAGUGUAAGCGAAACAGGUUUUGCUCAAUUAGAAAAUGCUGGAAUUAAAAACGGCUCUACUUAUUCCGAGAAUGUUGAAACUAGAAAAAGUUCUGCUCAUUCAGAAAAUGCUAUAAAUAGGAAAUGUUCUGCUCUCCCAGAAAACGGUGAGAGUAGGAAAGGUUCUGCUUCAUUAGAAAAUGCUGAAAGUAGGAUAAGUUCAGCUCAUUUAGAAAAAAUAGCAAGUAGAAAAGGUUCUACACAUUCAGAAAAUGCUGGAAGUACAUUUAGAAAAGAUUCUGUCAAUUCAGAAAAUACCGAAAUAAGGAAAAGUUCUGUUCAAACAGAAAUCGCUGAGAGUAGGAAAGGUACUGCUCAUUUAGAAAAUGCUAUAAGUAGAAAAGAUUGUAAUUCAGGAAACGCAGAGAGUAGGAAAGGUUCUGCUCUCCCAGAUAAUGCUGAGAGUAGAAAAGGCUCUGCUCAUUCAGAAAAUGCCGAAAUUAGGAAAGGUUCUGCUCAUCUUGAAAAUGUUGAAAGUAGAAAAGGUUCUACUCAGUCAGAAAAUGCUGAAAGUAGGAAAGGUUCUACCCUUUCAGGAAUUAAUGAAAGUAGGAAAGGUUCAAUGGAUUCACAAGAUGCUGGAAGUCGGAAAAAUGUUGGAAGGUCUGACAAUGCAUCAGAAAAUGAUGCAACGACUGCCAUAACAGAUCGACAACAGCCUGAGGUUGUUCCAACUGAAGGCACUAUCAGAGCGGACCCCAACUUCAAUGCUGAGAGGUGUUGUGAAGAGGUUAAAGAAGCAAUUGGGAAGUGGAAUACUGAUGAGGAAUCGCUGAUAAAGAUUCUUUCUGGAAUGAACAAUGGCCAACGACAGCAAAUCCAGCAAAUAUUUAAACAAACGCAUGAAAAGGAAUUGGUCGAUGAGAUAAAGGAACAAUUGGGCGGUGCCUUUGAUGAGAUCGUCCUGGGGUUGCUGAUGUCACCUCGUGAGUUCGAUGCCCACUGCCUCCACCAGAGUAUGGUCAAACUGGGAACUGAUGAGGCUGUUAUAAACGGUAUUGUGGCUACCAGAUCAACAGAAGAACUCCAGGAGAUUAUGAAAAAAUAUAAAGAGAAGUACAGUCGACACUUAAUGCAUGACAUCCAAGGUGAUACAAGCGCAGAUUACUUGGAGCUCCUGCGGAUUAUCGUCCAGGCUGAACGGGACCCAGGGAGUAGGGUAGACUGGGCAGAGGCAGCGGAGGACGCAAAGUGCAUGUUUCUCUGUAGUAUGACGGACAGUGACGGUGGCUUGACUCCAAGCGAUGAGCGUUUCCGUCAUGUGCUCAGCAAGAAGAACAGGCAGCAGAUCAGAGCAACAAUUGAGGAGUAUGAACGUCUGAUCAACAAUGAUAUUGAGACGUGUAUAAGAAGCGCCAUGCUGACUGGAGAUGGGGAAGACGCUCUUGUUGCAUUAGUCCAAGCGAUAGAAGACCCAGUUGCAUUCUUCUCAGAUAGAUUACAAAACGCGAUGUCCGGGUUCGGGACGGAUGACAACACUCUUAUUAGAAUCAUCGUUUCUAGAUCGGAGAUUGAUUUGACUCAGAUCAAGUCAAAAUACGAAAAGGAUUUCAAAAGAACCUUAGAGGAAGACAUCCAAUCAGAAACAAGAGGGGACUUUAAGAAAAUGCUACUAGCUAUUGUCAAGGGAAAUUGAUCAAUCUACGACACGCAUUGGUCAAUAUCACUGGUGAUCCACUCGAUUACGCUGGUUACCGAAACUGUUCGUUUUGGUAACAAAAUGUCGGAACGUCGAAGGUACGAUUUUUCUCUUUUCUUUAUUUCACACGUUCUAGGCAGAAUUCCCAGGACGUUUUUAACACAAACGUGUAUGAGUAUCAUAUGUUUAAGAAAAUGUACAUAUGUGCGAACAAAUAGUUCAGAAGACAACAGAAUCGUCGAUUUAAUUCUUCACUUAAGUUACAUAAACGGUUUUUCGAAAAACAG